AUGCCUGUGACGCUACAUUUCGGGGCGUCGCCCAUCGUCGGCCACAGUCACGACAAGCACGCCACGGGAGCCCGCGAGCUCCUUCUGCCCUACGACCACAAGCACCGCGUGCUGCUCAGCUCCGUCUCCGACACGGACAAGGGCACCCUUUUGAGUCGAAGAAACGGAUUCGUGUGCACGGUGAUCAACGCCUGGCAGCAAGACCAGCACCUCGAGCUCCGGCCAGACGACGUGUGGCUGGCCGUGCUGACGCAAUUCAGAUUCUACGUUGGUGGUGGCGACGAAAGCAGGGCCGAGGCCCUUCGUGACCGUUUUGUCGCACACAGCGGCCGUCAGAGACUUGAAAUCAUCGACCUGAAGAGCCAGUCAUUCGCAGACAUAGACCUUGCUGCUCUGGUGAAGCAAUUUGUCGGGCUCGUCCGUGAGAAGCUGGUGGACCCCACGUUGGCGGACUGGCUGCUCCCAGUCUUCAGCACGACACAGCCUGACGACGAGGUCGCCGCGGCCUCGGUAUUCCGUGGCACCGUCAAAGAAUACUUUGACCACUCUGUGAUCUUCGGCUGCGGGUUUCCCUCGGUCACUCUACAUGGCGAGCAAAAAGACUGGAUUGAUCUGGCUAGACGCAUCUCUCGCCUCGCAGAAUCUGAGACUGCAUCGCGUAACAACAAGGAGGAGGGUGACUCGACUGUCAGAUCCUGGUCGCAGGCUCUCUCCGCCGCGGUCGAAUUCAUGAUCGCCAGCUUUGAGAGGCCCACGGCCACUAACGUGCAGGACUUCUGGCAACGCGCGUGCCACAUGGACGGCGAUGAAAUGUCCGGCGAGCCCAUCAAGAUGUCUGAAUGGUUAACGGCGUUUUGUUGGUGGCGCAGUGACGGUGCGCGGCUAAAAACGUAUUAUGAUGCCGAGCUCGCCGAGAUUGUGAAUCUGUAUGGGCCUUUGUACGUUCCUGGAACGCGGCUCAAGCUCGGCGACGUCGAAUUUCCAGUCAUUAACCAGGAUGAAAUACCACCUGGGGUUGUGAGGACAAACAUCGACUUCAUCCUCCCCGGCGGCGAGGGAGUUGACACGACCCUCGUCGUUGGGUCAUGGGGAACCAAGCUACUUGACCAGUGCGGCACCAGAGUGCGGCCGUUUCCGAGUUGGUGGUUUGUCACGGGCGAUUCUACAUCGAGUAGAGAGUGGUGA